UCUGUGGAGACAGUUGAGUGAAAUAGUUUAUAGUCAAAUGCAGUAGACCUAUAUUCAAGAGAAAUCCCGAACAAUGAUCUUUCAUCACAUUCUCAGAAUACUAAACGGGUAUUUUUUCAGAUAAAUGACUUUUGGCUUCUUUGGGAACACAGCUCCCAGUGUAUUGAGCUCCGUUAGCGCAAGUCACAUCUGUUCGCCGCCGCUCUCCUCACCCCUUGCCUGACGCUGGACCCUGCCCCCCACUAUGGAGAGCCUGUGCGAGCUGCAGAACCCUCUCCAGGACAAAAAUGCCAAGCGCAUGGUCCGAGGAGACUACAGCUACCAGGGUAGCUUCCCCAGCAACCAGUGCCAGGAGAACUUCAUCAACUACUUUGUGACAGGUGGGGGGGGGGAGAUGAAGGCUCACCAGCUCCUGGAUGCCACGUCGCUGCACCUGGCUGUGGAGACCUUCUACCGGCCCAGCCUUAUCCUGUGCCAGGACUACAAAGGGGAGAGCUGCGAGACCGCCUUCAUGGAGGACAAAGGGCUGGAGGCAGAGCCAGAGCCAAAGGCUCCCAGCACCGAGGACCCCUGCGCCAACCUGCUGGAGGACAGUGAGGUGAAGAUCCAGACCGUUUCCUAUGAUGUAGAAGAGGAGGAGUACCUGGAGUAUGAGAGUGACUACUCCAGCGACAGUGAGAGUGAGGACAACUUCCUGAUGAGUCCCCCUCGGGACCACCUGGGCCUGGCCAUCUUCUCCAUGCUCUGCUGCUUCUGGCCUCUGGGCAUUGCUGCCUUCUACUUCUCUCACGGGACCAGUAAGGCCAUCACUAAAGGAGACUUCCCCCUGGCCAGCACCACCUCCCGACAAGCUCUGUUCCUGGCAGCACUCUCUAUCGCCAUUGGGACGGGUGUCUACGUGGGCGUGGUGGUAGCGCUCAUUGCCUACCUGUCCAAGCCAGGACACGUAUAG